AUGCAAUCUUUUGGGGUUUCUGGAAAUAGAGAGGUCAUGCAGUCUGGAACCUGUGAGCCUUUUCAAUCUCUAAGUCACCAGAGAAAUGAUGAAGAAGCAGUUGUGGAUAGAGGUGGGACUCGAUCGAUACUCAAGACACACUUUGAGAAGGAGGAUUUAGAAGGUCACAGGACUCUGUUCAUUGGUGUUCAUGUGCCUCUGGGAGGAAGAAAAAGUCAUCGACGUCACAGGCAUCGUGGUCAUAAACACAGAAAAAGAGACAGAGAGAGGGAAUCAGGAUUGGAGGAAGGUUUGUUAGCACCAGGCUUUGACACUCCGUCACAGCGGGUGCAGUUUAUUCUUGGAACUGAGGAUGAUGAUGAGGAGCACAUUCCUCAUGACCUUUUCACAGAACUUGAUGAGAUUUGCUGGCGUGAAGGCGAGGAUGCCGAAUGGCGAGAAACUGCCAGGUGGUUGAAGUUUGAAGAAGAUGUGGAAGAUGGCGGAGAGAGGUGGAGUAAACCUUAUGUAGCAACUCUUUCAUUGCACAGCUUGUUUGAAUUGAGAAGUUGUAUUCUGAACGGAACUGUGCUUCUGGACAUGCAUGCCAACACUUUAGAAGAAAUUGCAGAUAUGGUCCUUGACCAACAAGUAAGCUCAGGUCAGCUCAAUGAAGAUGUGCGUCACAGAGUCCAUGAGGCACUGAUGAAGCAGCAUCACCAUCAGAAUCAGAAAAAACUAGCCAAUAGGAUUCCCAUUGUUCGUUCAUUUGCUGAUAUUGGCAAAAAACAAUCAGAACCAAAUUCCAUGGAUAAAAAUGCAGGUCAGGUUGUUUCUCCUCAGUCUGCUCCAGCCUGUGUUGAAAACAAAAAUGAUGUGAGCAGAGAAAAUAGCACUGUUGAUUUCAGCAAGGUUGAUCUGCAUUUUAUGAAGAAGAUUCCCCCAGGUGCUGAAGCUUCCAACAUCCUAGUUGGGGAACUGGAGUUUUUGGAUCGAACUGUAGUUGCAUUUGUCAGGUUGUCUCCAGCUGUAUUACUUCAAGGGCUGGCUGAAGUCCCAAUCCCAACCAGAUUUUUAUUCAUUCUUCUGGGACCCCUGGGAAAGGGUCAACAGUACCAUGAAAUUGGCAGAUCAAUUGCAACCCUAAUGACAGAUGAGGUAUUUCAUGAUGUUGCUUACAAAGCUAAAGAUCGAAAUGACUUAGUAUCAGGAAUUGAUGAAUUUCUUGAUCAAGUUACUGUUCUCCCUCCCGGAGAAUGGGACCCAAGCAUACGAAUAGAGCCUCCAAAAAAUGUUCCUUCUCAGGUCACCUGUAUCCAGUCUCUUGAUUCCAGAGUUCUUCUACAGCUUAUGUUGCUGACCAGACUUGAAACCAUAGUCAUCUCAAAUUGUUUUGGGAAUUUAUGGGAUAUAAAUAAGGAAAAGAAUGGAUACAUAGACCAGAUUUUUGGGGGACUUAUUUUAGAUAUCAAAAGGAAAGCUCCAUACUUCUGGAGUGACUUCAGAGACGCUUUCAGCCUGCAGUGUUUAGCAUCUUUUCUAUUUCUCUACUGCGCGUGUAUGUCUCCGGUCAUCACGUUUGGAGGACUGCUGGGAGAAGCAACCGAAGGUCGCAUUAGUGCAAUCGAAUCUCUCUUUGGAGCAUCCAUGACCGGGAUAGCCUAUUCUCUCUUUGGCGGGCAGCCUUUGACCAUACUGGGGAGUACAGGACCAGUUUUGGUGUUUGAAAAGAUUUUGUUUAAGUUUUGCAAAGAAUAUGGAUUGUCAUACCUAUCUUUAAGGGCUAGUAUUGGACUUUGGACUGCAACCCUGUGUAUCAUCCUUGUGGCCACUGAUGCAAGCUCCCUUGUCUGCUACAUCACCCGGUUUACCGAAGAAGCUUUUGCUUCUCUUAUUUGCAUCAUUUUCAUUUACGAAGCCCUAGAGAAGUUGUUUGAACUCAGUGAAGCAUAUCCAAUCAACAUGCAUAAUGAUUUGGAUCUACUGACACAGUACUCGUGUAAUUGUGUGGAACCCCAUAAUCCCAGCAAUGAUACACUGAAGGAAUGGAGGGAAUCCAAUAUAUCUGCCUCUGACAUAAUUUGGGAGAAUUUAACUGUGUCGGAAUGCAAAUCCCUGCACGGAGAGUAUGUUGGGCGAGCCUGUGGCCACGAGCACCCAUAUGUUCCAGAUGUUCUCUUUUGGUCAGUGAUCCUGUUCUUUUCCACAGUGACUAUGUCAGCCACUCUGAAGCAGUUCAAGACUAGCCGGUAUUUUCCAACAAAGGUUCGAUCAAUAGUGAGUGAUUUUGCUGUCUUUCUUACAAUUCUGUCUAUGGUUUUAAUUGACUAUGCCAUUGGGAUUCCAUCUCCAAAACUACAAGUGCCAAGUGUCUUCAAGCCCACAAGAGAUGAUCGUGGCUGGUUUGUGACACCUUUAGGUCCAAAUCCAUGGUGGACAAUAAUAGCUGCUAUUAUUCCAGCUUUGCUCUGCACUAUUCUAAUUUUUAUGGACCAACAAAUUACAGCUGUCAUCAUCAACAGAAAAGAGCAUAAGCUAAAGAAAGGUUGUGGGUACCAUCUGGAUCUCCUAAUGGUGGCCGUCAUGCUUGGUGUGUGCUCCAUCAUGGGACUGCCGUGGUUUGUUGCUGCCACUGUCCUCUCCAUCACGCAUGUCAACAGCCUAAAAUUGGAAUCAGAAUGUUCAGCUCCAGGAGAACAACCCAAAUUUCUUGGCAUUCGGGAGCAAAGGGUUACUGGGCUAAUGAUUUUUGUUCUUAUGGGCUCAUCAGUCUUUAUGACUAGUAUUCUGAAGUUUAUUCCCAUGCCAGUGCUAUAUGGAGUGUUUCUUUAUAUGGGUGCUUCAUCUCUAAAGGGAAUUCAGUUAUUUGAUAGAAUACGGCUCUUCUGGAUGCCUGCAAAACAUCAGCCAGAUUUUAUAUACCUAAGGCACGUUCCUCUCCGGAAAGUCCACCUCUUCACAGUCAUUCAGAUAAGUUGCCUCGGCCUUUUGUGGAUAAUAAAAGUCUCAAGAGCUGCUAUUGUUUUCCCCAUGAUGGUAUUAGCUCUGGUAUUUGUAAGAAAGCUGAUGGACUUGUUGUUUACCAAACGGGAACUCAGCUGGUUGGAUGACUUAAUGCCUGAGAGUAAGAAAAAGAAGCUGGAAGAUGCGGAAAAAGAAGAAGAACAAAGUAUGCUAGCGAUGGAAGAUGAGGGUACAGUACAACUCCCAUUGGAAGGGCACUAUAGAGAUGAUCCAUCUGUGAUAAAUAUUUCUGAUGAAAUGUCAAAGACGGCUUUGUGGAGAAAUCUUCUGAUUACUGCUGAUAACUCAAAAGAUAAGGAGUCAAGCUUUCCUUCUAAAAGCAAUGAAAGCCGAAAAGAGAAGAAAGCUGACUCAGGGAAAGGUGUUGACAGGGAGACUUGUCUAUGA